AUGUCAGCGGCGGCGGCAAUGCAGGUCGAGGGGGCCAAGGCAAAAGCGGAGAAGGGUAAAGGGGUGGAGGAGGAGAAGUGCUGGUCCGACCACGAACCCGAGGAUGACAUUCUCCCCGAAUUCCCACUCUUUGAGGACGACACUACCGCCAAGAGCACGUCUACAUCGUCUACCCAAUAAUGAUCAAGCACACCAUCACCAGCUGGAACGUGAGGAGGUGCAUGGGGAUCCCAGAAAAGCGACACAACAUUUACACCUAUUUAUCAACAUUCAAAGCAUCCGCCAUUCUACUACAAGAACACUUCAUCAAACCGGAACUCUGGCAAUGUAUCAAGGACGAGUACGAGGGCAAGGUCUUCAUCAGCAAACACUGUCUGACUCUGAUCCCCGCCGACUCGCCCCUGAUCGACGCCGAGAUUUUGCGCACCCACUCGGCACUCGACGGACGAAUCCUGGUCACCUCCUUUCGACUUCGAGGCGACAUCCGGAUACUCGAGAUCAACAACAUUUACGCACCAGUCGAUACAAAACAACGACUCACAUUCUUUGACAAACUACAUUUCCACAGGACGCAGAGCACCCACCUUCGACUCCUCGGCGGCGAUCUCAACGACUGCCCGCUGCCGGCGAUCGAUCGGCGGAACCAAGGUCGGCACGGCCAUCACUGGCCGAUCCUGAUCGGCAAGCUCGACUCGCCCUACACCGACUGCAUACGAUUCAAACACCCGCUCACACCAUCUUUCACUCGACCCAACAUCGUCCGCAAGCGACCAAAGUCCUUUUCACGACUUGACUACUUCCUUCUGCAGCGCACCCACCAAAAGUGUCAGGAUGACAGCGUGUACUUGAAGGAAGCCCCCCAAGGCUAUGUGCGGGUAGAGUUGACUUGA